AUGGCCGAUGCCGUCCGAUUGAGCGUUGAUGAUUUCCAAGGGAUCUACGAGCAAAGCUUCAGAGCGUGGUCCACACUUCACCAUGCCGCAAUCGAGCGGCCGGGCAUUCCACCCUCGUACCUCGACAUCCAAAACGCGUUCCGUCAACACCCGUCGUUCCCAAACGACCUGCGUCUGGAGCACGUCAAGUACGCGAAGCACAGCCGACCAGACUGCGGAAAUGGAUUACCGCCGUUUUCCCAACAGGUGCAGAUCGGCGUCAUCUUGAAAGGCCCCAUUCCGCUGUCCAUCGCGGCGGCAAUGCCAAAACGCGAGAUACACUGGGCAUCGUGGUUCACACGAGGGGAUGAGAACUAUCUCGGUAUACUUAUCCUGGCCUGGGCAUACGUUCUCUCCGCGAGGUGGGCCGAAAUUAUGUCCGAGGCCACAUCGCUCGUGUAUACGAGUAGCAAGGCGGAGGAUUCUACCCCGGGAGUACAAACAACCCCUUUACCAGACCAUCUUAGCUUAGAAGUGGAUAUUAGCGAUGCGAGUCCAGACGAGGCUCGAUGGUGGGCAGCCGUGCUCGCCCCGGGCCAAGGCUGGGAGGCGACUAUGUUGUUGGGCCAAGAUACCUUCUUUGCUCCUUGGUCAAUACGGCUCCAACCAGGCCACCGGUUUAUACUAUCGACAAACCCGACCUUUCGAAAUCAUUCGGCAGGAGCCCCGUCCUCUUCAGAAGCCCUCCGUUUCCUUAGCAAUUUCUGCGUUCGCCGCAACAUCGGGGAUCAGAGCCAGGCCGCCCUUGCCGCUGUGUUGCUCUUCCCAUCUAUGGGUAUCGGUCAAGGGCUAGAGCUGCCAGCUUUCACAUCUAGCCGCCUGAAUCUCCCGACCGCAGUUGCUUCUUCCGUUCUGCAGCGACAGUGUCCCGAUCUUGAUGGCGAGCAACGGUAUGGCUGGGUUCACCAGGAAGGCCAUCUAGACCGGCUGAUUCCUCUCAGUUGCUACACCAAAGGAAUCCGCCCUAUGUUGCUGAGUAGCUUCUACGAUCCUAGCAUCGAAUGCAACGCCGUUACCCCUUGGCUCCAGGGAGCACUAGCAGUCAUUGACGUAGUUGCUGAAGACGAUCCUCUUGUCCUCGGACGCCUGCUGAUGGAUCGACAACCCAAAGUGGCACCUCUUUGGCUCGGCAUCACAGUGCUCGGGCUUCAAAAAAAAGUCUUGCAGGACGUUCGUUUCGGCUUAAUUCCCGUCGACCUUCACUCUGCCGUAUGGUCUGGCGCGAUACAAUCCUUCAUCCAGCAACCCGUUUCGGAUCCCCUCGUGGCAGAUGACCAGGUAGCCCGGGCGGAUCAGUGCCGGUUGCUUUUCCUCUCCCGGUCUGGAUCGCAUGACCGAGUGCCCGUCUGCCAGUGGAGACCGUUUGGCGGGACACCGCUUGAGCAUACCGAUAUCGAGGUUCGGGUCCAUGCCGAGUGCAAAGGCCAUGGGCUUCGGUAUCAGGGGUUGACGUGGGAUUGUGUUGGCGAAAAAACAGCACACCAGCCGCUCGACGGCGACGAUCUUUACGCGUACCAAAGCCCUCCGCGUACAGCACAGACCUCAUAUUCUAGGCAAACGCUCGUUAACUACGGAAAUCUAGACCACGAGAAAGACUUUGUCUCGGAAAACGCCACACGGAGCGUUUUUGGCUGGCUGCGUGUCUACGGAUACGCAUUGGGCGAAAAGCCUAUCUGGAAACACGAGUGGUUCGAGAUGUCUGAAUCUGAUGAGGAGGUCGAGGAGGGAUCUCCCUCAUACGUGGAGACUUGGGUUUCUGAACUAUCUGACAGGCCCUGA